AUGAGCCAGGCCUUCUGGAAAACCUACAAGUCCAAAGUGCUGCAGACCCUGAGUGGGGAAUCUGAGGAGGACCUGGCAGAGGAGAAGGAGAACCCAGUGUUAGUGGAGUCUGAGAUGGCAGAACCCACUGAAGAGGCCUUCAGCCCCAUGUCACAGCUGGCCCGCCGGGUUCAAGGGGUUGGGGUGAAAGGUUGGCUGACAAUGUCGUCUCUGUUUAACAAAGAAGAUGAGGACAAGCUGCUGCCACCGGAGCCCUGUGCUGACCACCCGCUGGCGGCGCAGCCCGCCCCUCAGGCGGCGGCCGAGGCGCGCGGGCCCGGCUUCUGGGACGCGUUAGCCAGCAGGUGGCAGCAGCAGCAGGCGGCCGCCGCAUCCAUGCUGCGCGGAGCGGAGCCCACCCCGGAACCGGACGCCGAAGCCGGGGACGAGACCCCCGAGCCGCGCGAAGCCGAUCCCGUGGCCGGUUUCAAGUGGGGCUUCCUCACCCACAAACUGGCCGAGAUGAGGGUGAAAGCGGCGCCCAAGGGCGACUAG